UUUUUGUUAGCGUGUUAGAGUACAAACACUUUCCCGAUCUCCUGUGGUGCUUCCUCGCCUUUCCCUGCUAUCGAUCCCGCUUAUACCCGCCACGCACUACUCACCCGCCUCCGAAACAUCUCGCGCAGCCAUCGGUUUGGUACCUACGCGCAGGUUUCCACCGUUAUCCGCGCAUUAUAUUCCGGACUGGGUCACGUCGUACACGCCCACAUUGACGUCACACAUAAAGCGUAAACCGUGUUUGCUGCUGCUUUCUCAAGCGUGGCCGAAGAAGCACCACCAGCACGACCACCGAUCCACCGACACUCACCUAAGAACACCUUGAGACAAUGUGGCAAUCGAAUGGCAGGGCACCCAGGGGUAAAUACAAGGGCCAAGGCAAACAGCAAGGGCGAGCCCCCCGUCCGCCGCCGGCGCCUCCCCCGGGCGGGUAUCGCAUCCUAGUACUCGCGGGGAUCCCGGGCAGCGGGAAAUCCACUUUGGCUUCAUUCCUAGAAGACAUGGGUUGGAGCGUAGUGAACCAGGACACUCUCGGGUCACGAGAAAAGUGCAGGCGCAGAGCGCAACAGGUCUUGGAGAAGGGGGGGCGAGUCCUCAUUGACAGGUGCAACUUCGACCAAUCGCAGCGCGUGACCUGGCUUGACUUGGCCGUCUCCCACUCUCUGCACAAGGAUGCAUGCAUCGCGGUGUGGCUGGACAUCCCCAUCGACGUGUGCCAGGGCAGGGUUCAGAGUAGGGUCGGCCACCCCACUCUCGGAGCCGGUCUCGCUUCAGCGGGCAUUGUGAAACGAUAUGCAAAGGAUUUCCGCCCUCCGCACCGCAAGGAGGGUUUCCACACCGUGCUACGUUGCCACGGCGACCAAGACUUGUCCGAGGCGAUUGCCCUCUUGUCUCUUUCCGCAGGCUCGGAUGGGGCGCCUGGAACGGAGCGGGCGCCCGCCCCACCGGCAACUACUGCCGGGAGUGAUAGAGUUGGUGGAGAUUUGGGUGGUGGCACUGGCUGGCGGCGCGGCGUCGACAGCGUGGGGAUGUGUUGGGACCAGUCUCUGGCGGAGGAAGGAUCACAGUGGAACAUGAAUUCUUGUCCGCCGGGAGAAGUAGGCGCGGUUGCAACAGCUCCUACUGUGCAUCAUGCUGUAGACAUCUUCUUUCCGGUUGAGAAGGGCGCUACGACGGCGGGGAUGGCCACAAAACUGCCUGGAGCCGCGCCGGGGCAAGGGGGCGUGACAUAUCAUACGCCAGCCUCAGCGGAUGCUCCAAUGACCCGACCGGAGUACGAUCGCGGGCCGGUGUUGGCAUGCGGAGGGCAGCAGCAGGUCGGAGGUGGUGGUGCUGCUGGCCCUGUGGCACGGACGAGAGAUGCCGUAGGCAACAACGGGCGGACUGCCGCAAAUGACGCGACUAGCGAUCCGUCCUUGCCCAGCGCCAUGAACGGGGACAAACGUGGCCGAUUCGUUGGCAGCCUUGAGAAACAAUUGCCUCAUCGCCCAAAACAAAGAGGCUUCACGUCGAGCAGUCUCAACUCGAUUGCAAAACUAACCUCACAGUCCCAAGCAGAGGCUCUUGCUUCGGUGAAGCAGUCAUUAAAACCGAAGACGAGAUUGCUAACGCCUGCAGAGAUUUGUUCGAAUUUUUCGGACUUGCAGGCUCCGCCACGGGUGCUUGCGCCUGAAGACGUGGGCGUGGCCGCGUCGGCCCGAACCGAUCGCUUGGGGACGGGGCCGACAGCGGCAGCAACGGGGAAAAGAGAUGAGGACCAUUCGUGUGCUCAACCGGUCGUGCUUCCUCUAGGACCGAACAGCAUUGAAGAAUGGCCUUCCCGCUCCACUUUCCCCAUCCAAGGAAAUGAGGAAAACGGGAACACGGGUAAUAGUUCGUAUCGAUCGGAAGAAGCAGCAACCGCAGAAGGGGGGCAGGCUCACGAUCAUCGCGAGCGUGUCCCGGCAGGAGCAUGGGAUGGCGACGACCAAACAAACGAAGAGGAAGCAGACCUCGACGUCAGCGACGGAGAAGCUUUUUUCGUGCUGGAAGAUAUGUUCGGAGGCCUGCUGCCACCGGAAACCCUGGAGAAUUUGUUCGCGGAGUCGGGGAACUAUCUCGAAAAGGCCGUGAAAGAGGGAUUCAAGGUCUGUGAGGGCUUGUGGGGCCAGGGAGAAGUCAUAACCUUCCCGGACAGCCCGUCGUCAGACGGAACCACGACGGACGACUUCCUGACUCCAAGCACCAGCGCAGGCACCGACGUUAGCACCAACGAAAAUGGUUCCGAUACUCGGGACGACGAGACCCAUGGAAAGUUCGCGGACGUAUUACACUGGACGCCCAAGCAGGUUGAUACGCUGACCGAGCUCUGCUUGGCUUUCGAAGCAACAAUCUCUCGUGAGACUAUCAUCGCGGCUCUCACAGCUUCCGACCACGAUGCAACGUCUGCUGCGCAGCUACUCUUAGACCCGAGGCCUGCAAACCCAAGGGAAAGGGGCGAGGGAAGGCGAAGCCGUCCCCAUAGAGGAGUUGCGCAACGCGAACGCAAAGCGCGCCCUCCCCGGUCUGAUGAUUCCUUGCCAACCGCCACAUCGCUGGGCGCGACAUGUGGCGUUGACCACAGAGCGGGAGCUCUGAGCGAGAGGCAAUGGGAGGAGGAGGAUGCCGAGGGCGAGGAGGAGGAGGAGGAGGAGGAGGAGGAAGGGGACGAGGGGUUAACCUCCGAGGAGUAUCGCACCCGCGCGAACGCGGCGGCGGAGCAGAUGAAAGCUUGGUUUCAGAAGGCUGCCGAGGCUUUCAUAAGAGGAGGCCGAAAUGGAGGCGCGGCAGCUGCUGAUCCUUCAAGGAUUGGGCAGCGCUGGAAGAAAAGUAUGGAGACGGCCAACUUGCGAGCUGCCCGGGAAGCGUUCCGAGAGAGAAACCCGUUAAUCAGGGUGGGACAUACCCAUGACGGCGUCUCGGUGCUCAAGGUGCUGCGUCUCCCGGAGCCAUCCCAAUGCUCUACUCCCGGCCAGCUGUCAGUAGACUUGCAUCUGCUGCGCAGAGCAGAGGCCCUGAACGUUCUCGAAACGGUUCUGCACGCCAUCCGACGGAGAGCGGGUGAACAUUCGAGGGUCCUCGUCAAUCGACCUCGGGCUCCCAAGCAAUCCCAACAACUCAAAGAGCAUCCCGACGUAGUCGCUGCCGCUGCUGGCCAAACGGAACCAUCCUACUCGGGUGCCUCUUACACGCCGCCGGUGGCACAACAAGGAGAGGGUCUGCAACAUGAUCGUGUCAUCCGCGUGCAGAAAUUUGCGUCGCUCGAGGUGGUGGUAGGGAGAGGUGCCCACAGCGUGGCCGGUGUUCCCCGUUUGAGACCAUGCGUAAUGGGUUACCUGGCAGGGAAAGGGUUCCGGGCGGAGGGGGUAGAAGGGGACAGGGGGAAAGGGGUCGUCGUAGUGGGGCUUAGAUGAGCUGUGCUCUCCUUAUUCCUGAAAGUCGUGCCGUUUCGUACUUGGACUUGAUGGAAACUAACGUGUCGGACUUGUUUUGGUGACGUGCGUCGGAAUCUUCAUCUUGUGAAUGUCGGGGGGUACUUGUCGUACGGUCCAAGAAGUCAGUGAUGCUGUAGUUGUAGCAGUCUUGGUGAGAUUCCAGAACGCCCCUACUCGAGAGCCUCUUGUUUUGUCCUGGGGUGUUUCUUGUUUCCCCUUUGGGGUAACCCAACAUCCACUUAAUAGGUUUAGUGUAGGAUUAUUUGCUGAGCGUGUGUUAUUACAGUCAAGUGCUUCAAUUGGCGUUCCUUGAGUCUGAAUUCCUUAACUACCAGGUUUUAAAUGGUAGCACUGUAAUGCUGUGAUUCGACCUGUCUUUCACUUGGAGUAGUUCAGGUCCCCAGUCCCCAGUUCUUGGCACAUUUUGACCGAUAGUAGAGCGAGAUCUUGAAAUCAGCAAGUGCUUGAUUCCGGCAAGGCAUCAUCAAAUUGCCCUGUCUAUUCGACCCCGCUUCUCCUAGCCGAGUGAACGGGUUGGUACGCGAGCUGCUCCUUCUUGUAUUCAUUGGGCGAAUUGCGUUUUCCUUUUGGAUGGGUUAUUUAAGUUUAGACUAGUGAAUCGGCGUUCCCGGCAGGUGAGCUGGUGGUGAAUAACAAAUUGCUCCUGAUGUCAUCGCACAAGGGAAUUGGUUGUCGUUCAACAGU